AAUGUUUUUUUGCUUUGCAGUCGAUCAUGGACGUAAAACAAGAAAUAAAGGAGGAUACCUCUAAACCGACACCUGCCGAUAAUGGAUGCGGGCACUCAACAAAUAAAGAAGGUGAUAUGAAAAUGACCAUCAAAGCCGGAGAAGAGAAAACAUCACUCCCAGUCUCAAUGAAAGCUAAAAACGAGGAGGAUUCUAAACAAGUCGAUCAAGUUGAAAAUCAUGAUGCCAUUGUAGGCAACCCUGUACAAAGCGGUCAGGAGACCUCCAUGGAUGUGUUGCGAAAGAAUAACCAUCAGUGCUCCUACUGUGAUAGAGCAUACUCUCGUAAAGGCGCUCUGACUAAUCAUUUGAAAAAACACACUAAAGGGAAACCCUUUGAGUGUCCUCAAUGCGACAAAAGAUUUUCCCACUAUUUUCAAUUUGUCGCACACACAAGAUCCCACACUGGCUGGAUUCCCUGUACAGUCUGUCAGAAAACAUUCCGCAUGGAAUCCGCACUUGACUUGCACUUCAAACGGCAGCACAUGGAUUACGAAGAUCGACAAUUCAAGUGCAGUUAUUGUGAUAAGAGAUUUCCGUAUAAGUCUGCGCUGAAUAUGCAUGAAAAGCUCCACACGCGAUGGUACGAAUGUUCACAUUGUGGGAAGAAAUACAGACAUGAGAGUAGUCUGAAGCGGCACCUUGAAGCCCAUGAGGAGGAUAGGAAGAAGCCGUUUCAGUGCGAUCAUUGCUCAAAAGGGUUCUUCAAAGAAGGUUCACUUGUUGCCCAUCUGAGAAUACACAGCGGGAAGGAUGUUGCGCAAUGCCCGCAUUGUGAUAAAAAGUAUCUCAACAGGUCGCACCUAAAAGAUCACAUGAUGAAGAAGCAUGAUUCUAAACGAAUUUAUUUCAAAUGCCCCAGGUGCAAUGCAAGCUUUGUUCAGCAGAACGGUCUUGACACUCACAUGUUUAAAAAGCACGGUGAAGGAAAGCCUGGCGAAACACGUAGCAGGUGCCAUACACCUGCAUGUUCGAUUUGCAGUGAAGUAUUCCCGAGCAGAUUCAAACUUGCUGCCCACACGAGGGAAAAACAUCUUGAUACUAAACCAUUCGGGUGUUCCGUUUGUGCAAAGAAAUUUGCGAAUAAGGCUUACCUUAACAGCCAUAUGAAAUACCACAGUGGGGAUAAGCAGCAUCAGUGCGACCAGUGUGGUGAGAAAUUUUAUGAGAAGCAACAGCUGAAUAGACAUGUAAAGAGACAUACGGGAGAGAAGGAGCAUCAGUGUUCCGUUUGUGGAAUGAGAUUCUAUGAAAAGCACCGUCUCACCAGUCAUGCUAGAACCCACACUGGAGAGAAGCCAUAUGCUUGCUCACUGUGCGAUAAAAGAUAUGGGCAUCCUAGCGACCUGAAAUAUCAUGUACGAUCCAUCCAUAAGCCUACUGGGGAGAAACCCUUCCAGUGCUCACAAUGCAACAAAAAGUUUUACUUCCGAAGAUUCCUGAAGAGACAUGAACAAAUACACUCUGAAGACAAACCCUUUCUAUGCUCAUACUGUGGCAAGACUUUUAGAAAAAGCAGUUAUUUGGAGACGCACACGUUGACACAUACUGGCGAGAAAGACUAUCCAUGUACUCUUUGUGAUAAGAAAUUCAGUUCGAGAGGUCUGCUGAAUCGUCACGUGCGAAAGCACACGGGCGAAAAGCCUUAUAAGUGUCCAAUUUGUGGGAAGGAGUUUGCUCAGCAACCUGCUAUGGCGAGUCAUCUCAGAGUCCAUCGCAAUGAGAAAAACCAUCAUUGUGUGGUUUGCGACAAGAAGUUUUACAGCAGAUGCCGUCUUCAAAGUCACAUGACGACGCACAAUGGGGAAAAACCUCAUGUUUGUCUGCUCUGUUGGGCACAGUUCACCCAAAAAGGAAGCCUGAAGGACCAUCUGAGAACGCACACAAAGCCGUACAAAUGCAACAGUUGUCCCCAAAGAUAUGCUCAGGAAAAAAGCCUCAAUAACCACAUUGCAAAAAAGCACACUGCCGAAAAGCCCUACAAAUGCCACCUUUGUGGUGAAGGUUUCAAUCUCAAAAAGGUUCUGGAUCGUCAUAUCAGAAGGCAUGCAAGGCCGUACAUAUGUGAAUCUUGCCCCAGCAGAUGUUCCAGCAAGAAAAAUCUCAGUCUUCACCGAAGAUUAAGACAUCCUGGGAGCAAGCCCUAUCAAUGUUCAUCUUGCCAAAAGAGAUUUUAUGGACUCUCACAACUCAGUAACCACUUGAAAACUCGAUGCGGUAAGAAUCUCGGUAAAAGCUCAGUUUUGCUCAGAAACUGCGGUACAAAACCUUACAAAGAAGGACAAGAAGAGCCAGAAGGACAAGAAGAGCCAGAAGGACUUGCUGAACCCCCAAAUCUCGAUGGCAUCUUUAAAUCUCAAUGCUUUAUCCGUCUCAGUAAAUGUUCGGUCCCACUAAAAAGCUCAAAUAUCAAGCCUGAAGAAAAACCAGAGGAGUUUGUCGAAGCCCCAACGCUCGUUGCCACCUUGAAAUCGCAUUGCCCCGUAAAGCUCCGGAAAUGUUCCGUUCUGCUCAGAGAUGACGAAAUGCUUUUGAUGUGGACGACAUUCUUGAAUGAAAGGAAAUCAUGAUUUACUUCCAGAAUACAUCUGCCUUGUAUUCUUGGAAGUAUUCUGAAAAAGUCCUUGUGAAUGAUGUACAAUUCAGUUAUCACAAUCAUUAGUUAAAGUAGCUUUAAACUUCUUCCGGUCAAAAGUCCUUUUUACUGGGUCAGUGAACCUUGAACCUGGUUUAGUAAAUGUAUGCAUGGACCUAUUACAAUAGGUCCAUGAUGUAUGUAAACUUAACUAAGGCUAUUUUUUUUGUCUCGCCUGCAUAGCAGAGCGAGACUAUAGGCGCCGUUUUUCCGACGGCGGCGGCGUCAACAUCAAAUCUUAACCUAAGGUUAAGUUUUUGAAAUGACAUCAUAACUUAAAAAGUAUAUGGACCUAGUUCAUGAAACUUGGACAUACGGUUAAUCAAGUAUUACUAAACAUCCUGCCUGAGUUUCAGGUCACAUGACCAAGGUCAAAGGUUAUUUAGGGUCAAUGAACUUAGACCAUGUUGGGAAAAUUAUUUUCAAAAUCUUAACCGAAGGUUAAGUUUUUGAAAUGACAUCAUAACUUUGAAAGUAUAUGGACCUAGUUCAUGAAACUUGGGCAUAAAGUUAAUCAAGUAUUAGUGAACAUUCUGCUCGAGUUUCAGGUCACGUGACCAAGGUCAAAGGUCAUUUAGGGUCAAUGAACUUUGGCCAAGUUGGGGGUAUUUGUUGAAUUACCAUCAUAACUUUGAAAAUUUAUGGAUCUAGUUCAUGAAACUUGGACAUUAGGUUAAUCGAGUACCACUGAAUAUCCUGUGCGAGUUUCAGGUCACAUGACCAUGGUCAAUGGUCAUUUAGGGUCAAUGAACUUUGGCCGUGUUGGGGGUAUUUGUUAAAUUACCAUCCUAACUCUGAAAGUUUAUGGAUCUAGUUCAUAAAACUUGGACAUAAGAGUAAUCAAGUAUCACUGAACAUCCUGUACGAGUUUCAGGUCACAUGACCAUGGUCAAAGGUCAUUAAAGGUCAAUGAACUUUGGCCAUGUUGGGGGUAUUUGUUGAAUUACCAUCCUAACUCUGAAAGUUUAUAGAUCUAGUUCAUAAAACUUGGGAUAUAAGAGUAAUCAAGUAUCACUGAACAUCCCCUGUGAGUUUCAGGUCACAAAACCAAGGUCAAAGGUCAGUUAAGGUCAAUAAACUUAGGCCAUGCUGGGGUAAUUGUUGAAUUGCCAUCAUAACUUUGAAAGUUUAUGGAUAGAGUGAAUGAAAUGUGGACAUGGGUGUAGUUGACAAGUCUUAAGUCACCGUUCAAAUGUCAUUUAUGGUCAAUGAAGGUAUUAUGUCAUUAUAUGAAUGGUGUUUUUGUGAAUGAUUAUUUUAUAGUAGUUUUCAAAGUUAGCACUGAUGCUAUAUUAAAUUGCGUAAUGCAGGCGAGACUGCCAGAGGCAUUCCACUUGUUUUAAUUCUCAGGAUAAUAUUAAAGAUACGAUACAAACUUGUAACAACUAACUUUUUCAUGAAACAUACAUUUCAAGAACUGACAAAUAGAUGGUAAUUUCAGGCAUAAGCCUUAUUCUGUUAAACUUUUAUAGGUUCUCAGUAAUUACAGUGUACAUAAGUAUUUAAUAUCUUUAUUUUCCUCAUUCAUUCUGUGUUGGGACUACAUCAAAGUGGAAACAUGUUUAUAAGACGUCUUUUAAACGCAUUCAGAAUUGAUGUUGUGUUUCUGCUUCUUCAGGAACUGUGUUUUUGGAGAAACAUUGAUCAUAAUUACAUCAUUGUGUGAUAUUAGGAGCAUUGUUGGUGACCAGUGUUCAAUAUGGAACUGUGGAACCAUUUUAAACUAGAUGUAGCAAAAUCCCGAUUUUGGCUUAAAAUUAGGAAGCAGAAACAUUUUCCGUAAGUCAUGAUUGUCCUUGUUGUUUAUACUUAUAGACCCUUUGAAAUGUCUUUUAAUACUGUUCUUUGUUAUACUAACUUUUAGCUGUAUAUUGAACAGCUUAUCAAAGUUAACAAAUAUUGUCUUCUUACAGGACCACAUGUGAUUGGUCUGCAUCUGAAACUACACAUGUGGGUCAUCGUGAUCAUAGUCACUCUGAUAACUAGAGCGCUCUGUUCAAUAUAUGACCAUUUGACUUGGUAAAGUGGAAAUGAAGUUUGGACUAUCUUGCAAGAAGUUGUGAUAGAUUCAAAUUAGUCUUGAAAAACAAUUAAUCUCAAUUCCUAUCUUUUCUUUUUGCAAUUUGAGAUCAAUCUAAGUUUUAAUUACUGACAACAAUCUUAACACAAUUUUUUGUGACCUUUAAUGACCUUUAUUGUCUUCUGUUGCAAGCCACUGAAAUCCUUGCAUCUGAUUGGCUCAGACCAAUUUUAACAGUGAAAAUCACUUUUUGUUUCAUGAAGCUUUUCCCUGUAGCCAUUGGUUACUUUUCAUGCCAAUUAUCAUUUUUUUUAUAAGUACUUUUCAAGUUGAGUAUGUCAGUUGUGGUUAAUACUCGUAAUUCUAGAGGUUUUCAGUGCAUUGACAAGCUAGUUUUUUUUCAGUUUAUUUCCAAUUCGUUUAAUGCCAAUUCGUCCAAUGGCCGUUUAGUCCAUAUACUAUUUGGUCUAAUUGGACGAAGUGUUGAAUUGUGCAAAAUGAAUGAAAAUGAAAUGGAUAUUAGACCAACUGGUUAUGAGACGAAAUGGUCAUAGACAAAAUGGUGAUAGAUGAAGUGAUGAUUGGACCAAAUGGUUGUUAGACGAAGUGUUGAUGAACGGAAUGGCAUUAGACUAAAUGAAAGUAGACAAUGUGGUGAGUGGACGAGUUGGCAAUUUACCAUUGUUUUUUUGCCAGAAUAAAGUAUAUGGUGGUCACUUGUUAUAGUUCAUUUGUUUCUUUCAAAAUAUUUGUACAUGGCAGUUCAAAAAUAAUAAGAUAUUUAAAUAAAACGGACUGUCAACAUAAUAAACCUAAAUUGAAGUGGUUUACAUCAUUAACAUUAAGGAGUAGAAUUCCAGAAAAAAGGUUACAUGUGAUUGACAUUUUGAAAGAAAGGGGAGGUCUGAAAGAAGUGUUCGUCUUAUCCUGUAGUCUUAUCAAGCAUGUUAUCAAGUUAAAGAUCUUAUAUUGAUUGUAAAUUCAUUGCUACCGUGUGCUCAAGAUUUUUUUAUCACAUAUAGUCUCUUUUGAUCAUUUACGUUUGUACAGUUACCUAUUUUCAUCCAUAUUCCUUCCAAAAGACAAAGUUAAUUAUAGUUUUUUAGUCGAAUGAACAAGUUAUGGAAAAAGAUUCUUUUUUUCCUAUACAGAAAAAUAGUGAACAUAUCCAUUGUUUUAUGUUUUAAUAUGUUUGCAGACCAAUAAGCCGCACAGAUCUCAUGUGGGUCAUGUGUUGUGCAGGGUACAUGAAUAAAUAACGCAACAAAUUAAA